CGUUUGCGCAUUUUAAAGGCCAUGCCUUAAUGGUUAGGCAGUAGCUAUUUUCAGUUGGCGGUCGUGAAUCGAAAUCGCGUAUUGUUUAUUACACACUUUGGUCAAAAUGGCAGAUAAUCAGGAGAAUCUUGCUAGUUAUCAAAAUGAGGAUAGAACCAAAAUGGAUCGAGUCAAGGAAAAAGUAAAACCUGGUGUACGAAUAACCCUGAUCAUCUCCCUCAUUUUUGCUUUGAUAAUGUUUAUCGUGGGGAUCUACGGAGUCCACAAAUGCCGCGCCGAUGAAAACAUUCCGUUUUUCCUGAUUGUCAUUGGUGGCAUUGGAGUAAUUUCCAAGGCGUGUUCCAUGGUAAGGGAGACUGUCUUAAGAGAGCACGCGCAUGUCCAGUACGCUGAGUCUUCUUUAUAUACAGUUGAAUUGGUUUUUCUACUUCUAGGCUCCUACUGGGUGUUCAAGGAGUACCAACCUAAUUAUGAUGACCCAAGCAAUUCAAAAUACUGCAACAAAACGGUUUACAUGUUUGCAUUUGUUUAUUUGAUUGUAAUGUAUGCUGUAAUUUUCUUAAUUGCUACAUGUUUCUGCUGCUUUUUGUCUUGCAUAUUUUUUGUUGCUGGCACUGCUGAGCCUGCCGAAGGAGAUAAUGAGUCACCCUCAAGACCGAUUAAUCCUGCGCAGAAUCCAUAGAAUAAAUUAAUUAAAGCAUUUAAUUCAUUCGACUCGAUGAUUUUUUAUGAUUAUGACCUUAAUAUUAUGUUAAUUUUUAUGAGUGUGAUAAGAAUAAGUAUUUUACGUUUUUCUUAAAUAUAUUUUUUUAUAUA